GGUAGAGUGGGCGGUAGGGCCCUGAAGGCCCGCCCCUUAGAGACUUCUGACACAGCCUCAACUCUCAGGGUAGUGUACACAUCUGGGCAGCUGGCGGGAGCAUGAACAGCUCACAGGUGGGAGCUACGGCCAAGGCUGCCUGGCUGAGCUGCUGCAACCAGUCUGGGUUGCCAUUCCGACCCCCGGAGGGGCCACACAUGGUGCAGGCAGUAGUGCUGGGCGUCCUGUCGCUUCUGGUGCUCUGUGGGAUCCUGUUCCUGGGUGGUGGACUCCUCCUCCGUGCUCAGGGCCUCAUAGCCCUGCUGGCCCGAGAGAGGCAUUCGUCUUUCAGCCCUGAGGCUGAGCCCGGUGCCUGUGGAGGGGAUGAAGACUCCUAGGGGUCAGCUGCUGUGGAGACUCAGCUCCUUCUGGGCCAUGCCAUCCAGAGCUCAUUCUGUGGGGCACAGCAAAAGUCCAACCCACAAGCUCUUGUUUCCUGUACAGGUGCUGGACAUCUCCCCCCUCACCUGCCACCCGCCCGCACCCCAUUUGUGCUUGUGAUGACGGACUGAAGACACCAGGCUGGUGGCUCCUCAUCCUGGGACCCUGGCACUCAGCUGCCUCCGAGCUUCUCCCGAUGUUCCUGAGUUGGGUGCAGGAGACUCAUGUUCAGAACAAGUGAGUCUGCUUGGUGACACCCCACCUGUGUGGAUAUUAGUGUGCCUUCUGCACACUGGGCCUCCGUGGACAUGAGUACAGCUCCUCUUCUACCUGAUGCUAGACGGCAGAUUCUGACAACCCAGCAACCUAGUGCUGCCGAGAACCUGGGUUAGCACCUCCCAUCUGGAGAGAGUGUCAGCCAUCCCGCAACACACCAUCUCUUUCCAUGGCUUUGCUAUUAAAUAGGCCAGUAACACA